CUUUGGAGCCACUGGUUUAAUGCCUAUUAAAUUUUUCUGUAGCUUCAUAGCAUGUUGUGUAUGCUGCUUACUGGUCUACUGUGCAUCAUUUCAGUUCAUGCCGAUGUGACGGGGACUCGUAUUAUGUUCCGAGUAGUCAAUAAAGUGGUUAUUCUGGAGGAAGGGGCUGAGAGAUACCGGAUUCUGCGUGAGAGGGGUCAAUAUCCAUUUUUGUUGGAAUUUGGUCUCCAUCAUAAGAGUGCAUUCCUGAAUGCGGCGAGUUUAUCAGACAGUUAGGCUGCACCAGCUUUUGGAUUUACGCACUGCGUUGGAGCCAUAAAUAGAACUCCUAUAUGUUCGCCAGCACUACUAAACGAUCGAGCAAAACCCUGAUGGCCCCAAGAGUUGGAACCCACGUAAAACGACGCCUGAGCCGCCGAGACUGGACGGAACUUCCGGGCGUCGUUACGGCAUCGAUACUGUCACGUCUCGGAGACAUCGAAUCCCUGACGGUGGCUGAGAUGGUGUGCAAGACGUGGCGUGAAAUCUGCAAAGACCCUAUGCUGUGGCGCACCAUCGACUUCAUGAGCAACCAUACAGAGUUCAUGUUCGGGCCGCCGUUGCGUUAUGAUAUAGUGAAGAUGUGCCGCCGCGCCAUACACCGUAGCUCCGGUAGUUUUGUCUAUGUCAACGUCGACUACUUUUGCAACAAUGAACUGUUAAAGUAUAUCACCAACAGUUCAGCUGGAUUUAUUAGACACCUCAGUUUGUUCAAUUGUGGCAUUAUAACUGAUGAGGUUUUGUGUGAAGCAGCUUUGAGACUGCCAGUUUUGGAGGAACUUGACAUUUCGAUGUGCAAAUUCUCCAGUAAAGCUCUACAAGUAGUUGGGCGCUGCUGCCCUCUUUUGAAAUCAUUCAAAUUUAACACCCCGAAUGGAAGAAAGUCUUCCAGGCAGUAUUAUAGCGACGAGGAUGCAGUUGCUAUAUCAGGAACCAUGCAUGGUUUACUCCUCCUUGAGAUCCGUAGGAAUGAUCUGACUUGCAAUGGCUUGGAGACAAUUCUUGAUUGUUGUCCUCAACUCGAGAUCCUUGAUUUGCGCAAGUGUAAAAACCUGAGAUAUAUGAGCACAGAUUUGGAAAUAAGAUGUGUUGAAAGAAUUAAGAAGUUGUGGCUCCGCGGCCCGAUCGAUCCCUCUAGUAUAUCGGACUUGAAUUUGGUAGGCAAACCAUGUUAUUAAUUGUUUUUUAUUUAUUUAUUUUUUUUCUAUAAUUUCCCCUUCAAUGGUUUUCUUUUUCAUGUGCAUUAUUUUACCAUGAGUCUUUUUGGUCAUGAACUUUGCUGCAGAUUCUUUGUUGUCAUUACCAUUAGGCUAAAAGGUAGACCACUAAUCAACCCAGAUUUCAUAAAUAGAGGUUGGUCUGGAUUGUCAUUCAU